UUGCCAUAACAGCAGUACACAACGCCUUCUCCCUUGCCCCUCUACCAAACAACCCUUCCCUCCCGGGGCCGAGACCUCUCCAGAAGAGCUUCUAGUUGAGCAGAACCAGGGUCUGCGCCCCAUUGCAAAGGACUGAUUGAGUGGGAAGGACGGGAACCUAGCUUGGUCUGACUCCAGAGCCUUCAGCAGGGAAGAAAAAUGUCAGAUGAAGAGGAUCUGGAAGACUUUGAGCCAGACCUGGACGACCUGGAAAGGGAAGAUGACGAGAAGGAGAUAGAGGAGUGGGAGGACUACAGGAAGGAGGGAGAAGAAGAGUCUGAGGAAUGGGUAUCCACUCCCCUCACGGAGGACAUGAUGAAGGAAGGGCUUUCUUUGCUCUGCAAAACCGGUAAUGGACUGGCCCAUGCUUACGUCAAGCUGGAGGUUAAAGACAGGGAUCUGACAGACAUCUACUUGCUGCAUUCCUACAUCCACCUGCGCUACGUGGAUAUUUCUGAAAACCACUUGACAGACUUGUCUCCGCUCAAUUACCUCACUCACCUGCUCUGGCUGAAAGCUGAUGGCAACCGACUGCGGAGUGCCCGGCUGAAUGAACUGCCGUACCUGCAGAUUGCCAGCUUUGCCUAUAACCAGAUCACUGACACUGAUGGCAUCUCUCAUCCUCGUCUGGCCAGUCUGGAUCUCAAAGGGAACCGCAUCCACAUGGUGACGGGUCUGGACCCCCAAAAGCUAAUCAGCCUGCACACCCUGGAGCUUCGGGGCAACCAACUGAGCAGCACCCUGGGAAUCAACCUUCCUAAGCUGAAGAACCUCUUCCUGGCCCAGAACCUGUUGAAGAAGGUGGAAGGUUUGGAGAACCUAAGCAAUCUCACUACCUUGCAUCUUCGGGACAACCAGAUUGACACUCUGAGUGGCUUCUCCAAGGAAAUGAAAUCACUGCAGUACCUCAACCUAAGGGGCAACAUGGUGACCGACCUGGGGGAGCUAGCCAAGCUGCAGGACCUGCCCAAGCUGCGAGCCCUGGUGCUGCUGGACAACCCGUGUGCAGACGAGAAUGACUACCGCCAGGAGGCCCUGGUGCAGUUGGCACACCUUGAGCGCCUGGACAAGGACUUCUAUGAGGAGGAGGAGCGGGCUGAGGCCGACGAGAUCCGGCAGAGGAUUAAGGAGGAGCAGGAGCAGGAGGCUGAGCCCGAGGCUGAAUCGGAACUGGACCAGUCAUCCAUCUAGAGACUAAAGAUGCUGGUCCCAGGACUGAGAAGACUCCCAGCUGGGGGGGCUGCCACAUGUACACUCCUCAUGAGACAGGUGAUGGCUUCUUUUGCCCAGGCCCUGGGGUGCCUAGGCAAGUGGCAGCCCUCAGGCAGGUCUGGUGGGAGCCAGGCCCGUUUGGGCUGAAAGGAUGCUGGAAGAAUUGGCUACAGAGGAGCUGCGGAGGUGGCAGUCUGGGGUAUUAGGAACAGUUUGGUUUUCCAAUAAAGAGCGUUUUGAUACUCUUGGGUUUGA